CGCUGCGAUGCCCGUGAGUGCCUGUGUCCCGGAGGCCGGGAGCAGGCAGAGGAACAGGGGCCCUGGGAACUGCUGCUGUGCAGCUCCUGCGCUGCCAGGGGCACCCACCGGCGCUGCUCCAGUGUCAGGAACAGCCGGACCAGCUGGGAGUGUGAGAGUUGCUCUGGCCAGGGCACCGCCUCCACUGACAGCUCAGAGCUCGCUGGCUCUGGCAAUGGGAUCGGGUCAGGAUCGGGGUCAUCCCACCGCUCGCCAGCACCAGAGAGCAGCAGCCCCAGCACAGGUAGCCAGGCAGCAUCGGGGCCAUCCGAUUCUCAAGUGCUUCAGGGCAGCAGCAGCAGCUCCAGCGCACCUGGGCCUGAGCACAGGCAACGCCACUCCUGGGUGCAACGUCGUGCCCAGACGCCCUACAGCCGGCCCAGAACACGCCAGGAGAGGAGCCGUGCGCCAGCACCAAGGGCUGAGGGCAGCACCCCCGGCCAGGCAGCGCUGGGGCUGUCCCAGGACUCCCCAGUGCUCGAGGGCAGCAGCAGCUCCAGCCGCUGAGGGCCCAUGCGGAGGAGGGACGGCUCCCGCCUGGAACGUCAGGCCCAAACCCCUUACAGCUGGCCCGGACACAGACGCGGGACCAGCCGUGCGCCGUCCCCACCUGAUGGCCCUGAUGCCCCUCCACCGGCACAAUAAAGUUGUCUGUUGA